UGAGGUUGAGAUGCCGUCUAUUUUGCUGAUACUAUUUACAGGAUGGUGUCUAUUGGCAAGUGGCUUGGAGAUCAUUGAUCUGGAUAUCUGCAGCGUAUCAACUAUCACAUUUGAUCACAGCAAUGUUCUCCACUACAAAUGGAAUUUGAAGACGACAAACUGUUCAUCCACUCAUGGAGAUGUUUUGCUUCUAAUUUUAACAGAAAAUCAGCUGAAACCACAGUCAACAUGCCGGGGAAGUUUAAUUAUAUUAGGAUUCCAAGAAGAUAUUUGUAAUUAUUCCCCGGGCGAUUGCUUCCUCAUCAGCUCACGCGAUUCGAAACCUAUUUACGGUUCAAUAACAAAUGGCUGCAGGCGGACUAUGUGGUCAGUGAGAUCAUCAGACGCGCCACCUUCUGGCAUCAUUUACAAGACGAACCCCACUUGGUCUUCACUUCCUCAAAAAUUUACCAUAAGCAUCAUUAAUAUAUCGCAGCAGAGUUUCACGGAUGAUGGAGAUCGUUCCACUCAGACUAGUAGUAUAACAAACCCGACCAAGACCUCGACUAACACGGCCGCAAUUGCAUUAGGAACAGCUUUUGGAAUCGUCAGCAUCGCCUUGAUUGUAGUACUUCUGAAAUAUUGCAAAAUGAAGCAACAAGCACGCGAGUGUCGCACGCCACACGAUGGCACUAGAAAUCAGGAAGUGAAUGAUGCCGUCUACAGCGUCAUCGAGAAGGGCAAUAAUAAUGACCAAGCGGAACGAGAGAUUGUAGAGAACCAAUUAUACAACAUGUAGAAGUUUAUAAUUUGAUUUUUCCCAUACAACCCUUUUUUGUUGAGUUCCACCAUUCGCCCGUUCUGAUAUUUUCAUUGUUCACCAUGCAUAAAACCUGCUUCAGUUAUUAAAUGUUUAUUGGAACUUUAGGUUGUGCCAUGCAAAAAUUGCACUCUAUCUUCAGAACAGUUUAAGUAGUAAUAUGUGUUAUAUAUAUCAUAUAUAAAUAAGUAUUGUAGUUAUAAUAAAGAACUAAAAAAUGUUCGUAACAUUACAGCAUAUACAAACCAAAAUGCCCCGAAACACGACCUAAAAAAUUUCUCUCCGUUCGGUGACGUCGUACCACUAAAUCUACUACAUCUUUAAAGACUGCUAUCGCUUUCAUUUGUGGAGUUGUCCUAUUGAGCUCACCCUUUUAUACAGGAUCGUUUGGACGCUGACAGUAAAGCACAGUACUAGAUAUCUGUUUUGUGAUUUCAUUUAAGUUGUUGUUGUUGCUUUUAAUAUUGACUGCUAUAAACUCUUAGCUCAGGAGUGUGCAAUAUUUUUUGUCGUUGGGCCAUAUAAAACACCUUAUCAGACAUCUAACUAGGCUAAACAGAAAAAAAAUUAGUUUUCAACGAACACAACAAAUUGCAGUUAUGAUGGCACCGGGCAAAAUGACGAAUAAUUUAACCCAGCGACAAGAACAAAAAUAAACAUUAUGUAUUUUUAUCCAUACAAGUGUCUUUUUAAACAUAAACUGACAGAUUAUAAUUUUGUGCUUGAUGGGAAAAAAUCUGCAUUUUUACAAGGGCCACACCAAAUGGCUUGGCGGCCCGGAUGUGGCCCGCGGGCCGCCUCUUG